UCUUAAUACAAAAAGAGGAAAAAUCCCAAAAUAUGCUCGUCAACAUUUUGCUUAUUUAAAGAAUAUUCAAUGAUAAUUUAGCUAUGAAAUCUCAUCAGACUUAAAUUUUCACAUUCCAAGAAUCGUUUUGAUACCAUAUUUGGAAGGUCUUACUCUUGAAGUGUCCUCAAUUUCGGUUUAUAGAUUUCACUUUGGCAAACGCCCCACAAUGCACUUCGACAGAAUAAGCUUCCGUUAAUACAAACAUAUAAACAUCAACUUAAGUACAAAUGGAAGACUAUACUUACCUUUUCAAAGUUGUAUUGAUAGGAAAUGCCGGAGUCGGGAAAACAUGCCUUGUUAAGAGAUUCACCCAGGGUCUCUUUCCACCAGGCCAGGGUGCAACCAUAGGAGUGGACUUCAUGAUUAAGACUGUAGAAAUUGAUGGAGAAAAAGUAAAA